GUCAGUACUGUACUUUUUCAGAUUUAUUCCAUGUUAGUAGUAACAUGUGUUUGUUAAGUGUCAAUGGUGAAAAAUCUGUCAAUAAAAAUUGAAAACAUGUUAUUCUUAUGUGUGUUCACAUUCAACAACUUUGCUGUUUGAGUCUGGGCAACUGUAGUAUUGAUUUUGUCUCAUAUCAUCGCAAGUCAUAACUUUCAACCACUAUCAACAUGAUGUCGUCUGAAGAACAAGCAAUGUUAGAUGAUUCCAAAUAUCGGCAAUACAUGAAUGCAGUUGAGAAAUGUCUUCGUAACUUUGAAUCAUCUAGUGAAUGGGCCGAUCUAAUCUCUGCACUUGGAAAAUUAAACAAGGUUUUGAACUCCAAGUUUAAAGUAAUUCCUAAAAAGAUUACAAUUGGCAAACGGCUUGCACAGUGUAUGCACCCUGCAUUACCGGGUGGUGUUCAUUUGAAAGCAAUCAACGUUUAUGACUCUAUUUUUAAAAUAAUUGCACCAGAUCUUCUAAAAGCAGAUCUAUAUAUUUAUAGCUUGGGAAUUUUUCCUUUAUUUUCAAAUGCAUCAUUACAAGUUCGGCCAGUGCUUUUGAAUUUAUAUGAAACGCACAUGUUGCCUCUUGGAGAAUCUCUCCGAACAUGUUUAGAUGGAAUGAUACUUGGUCUGUUGCCAGGGUUAGACGAAGGCACUGAGCACUUUGAAAGAACCGAUCUGUUGCUAGAGAGGGUGUGUGAGCGUGUUGGUGCGUUUGAUUUCUACUCAGCCAUCUGGAGAUGUGUUCUGUCUUCACCAUCUGCUCGUUUAUCCGCCGUUCAACUUGUUCUUCGUAAAUUUGAUCGCAAGCGCUCUACUGAAGAUCAACUCUUUAUUAUUGGAUCAGAUUUGGAAGUUAUGGUCACAGCACUGUGCCAAUCACUCCAAGAUAAUGUUGUUCUCACACAACGUGCAUCACUGGAUGUUUUGAUAUUAUGUUGCCCCCUGUCCAACUUACCCAUCCUAUACACUGAUGCUUGUAUACUGUUGGAAGCAGCUCUGCAAUGCUUGCUGAGGCGAGAUAUGUCUCUGAAUCGACGCCUAUAUUCAUGGCUGCUAGGUGUGGACCAAAGCAAGCAAAGCAGUGUUUCAAGUUUAGAGAGCUCUGAGUUACCAACAUUCUUUGAAAAAUAUUCCAAACAAAUGUUAAUUGAAUCACUUGUGAAUAUGUUGAGCAGACAAACUGAAAAAAUAUCAUCUAAUACCAACUUAUCUGUGAUAGAAGAAUUGUACCCACUUCGUAUUCUAGUAAGUUUAUUAGAUAAAACCGAAGUUGGUCCUGUCAUUAUUGAAAGAGUUCUGCUUCAUGUAUUUAGACUUUUAAAAGCAGCAGUGGAGCAUGUCAAAUCAUCAACAAAUUAUAGAUCAACUGAAACAUCUGAAAAUGACAAACGAGUUUUAAUUUUGGGUGAAAUAUCAAAGACCGCAAAUCUAUUGCUGGGUGUGUUCGAACCAACAUAUAUAUGGAAAUAUUUAUCAAACAUAUUGAUUAGUGAAACUGAUAAUGAGCAGUGUGAGUCCACUACAUCGUAUUCAGAAAUUUGUCAAUUUAUUCACCUUCUGCUUAGUUUUGUUGACUUGGAAAGUUACGCAGAGAUACAAACAGUUAGUUUGCCAACUUUAAUGUGUCACCUGACUACCAUUAUGACAUCAAACAUUGGUAGUCUCUCCAACACACAACUAUACGACGGGUUAACAACUUGUAAUGUCCUACUUAAACAUUCGCAACCACUGCAACCCAAUAUCACUGCAUCUGAAACACAAACUUGUGAAACCAGUGGCUCAAGUGUGUCCGACUGUGCAAAGAUUCUUCUUUCAUUUUUGGAAUGUUUUGUUGAUUUGAAACUGAAUCAUUCCAGAAUUAACAUCAACAACUACCUUAAAAUUCUUGAAGCUGAUAACGAAGAGAAUGAAACAGCUAAAGAAGCCUCUCAAACGAUAACCACUUUUAUUGAUUCCACUGAAUAUGAAACAAAAUCAGAGGAGAGUAUGGAUCUACCAUCUAUCACGGUUGUUGAUGUGUUUAAGUUAACUUGUAAUCUGCUGCUUGACUUUGCUUGUUUUCCCGUAUAUUGUAAUGGACAGAAACAACUUAUGGACAAAGAUCAAAUAAAUUCGUCUAUUUCAACAUUUCCCAGUUGGCUGCAGUGUUUACUAUGGUGUGCAUGUGGCGCCUCAAACCAGCUUAAUUCCAUGUUUUCUGUGGCUUCCACUUCUAUUUCUACUAUACUUGAUUUGCUUGCAUUAACACAGAGCAUUUCACCCGAUGCAGCAUCUGAAACAUGUAGUGGAACAAUUUCAGUAAAAGUUCUUUCUCCCCUCACUUCAUCUCAUGUACAUAUCCUCACUGAGGAAUCCAAGUUUUACAAACAUAUAACAAAACAAUUAUGGAGGGUAAUUGGAGAAGCCAUAAUGAACAGACACCACCUUACCUGUGUACAAUUAUUGUUAAGACUUCAUUCAAUGUGUCCCGACUCUCGAUGUGAGAAUGUUUUACUUGCUGACAUUAUUCAUCAUAACAAGGUAAUCCGUUUUUCAGCAUUUGAAAAGUUUUGUAGAUUGUGGCACCUUACACGUGCACUCACCUCACAGAAGAUCAACUUACAAAGUGGAACUCAUGUUAAGUUAUUCACCAGAUGUUUAUUCUCAUUGGUUGAUCAGUUAUCACUCAACCAAGGUCAUCUUGGAUCUGAUCCCAACCUCUUCCAACUUGAUCCAGGAGGAGAAUCCAUCGGAGUAACCACCGCAUCCACAUGGUUGCGGAGAUCACUAGAAGAGAAAGAUCUUUCCCGCAUUCUUGAGCCCUUCUUCAUGGUCCUCCUACAUCCAUGCACUCACAGCUCACCAAAGAUUACAAAGCCAAACGUGUCAUGUAAUACUACGUCAUUGGAAACUGUCAAGUCAUCAGGUCACGAACAAAUGGUUGAAUUUAAAAACUGCCCGCCCACUGAAGACAAGAUAUCAAAGGGCGAGAUGGAACAUCAGUUCACGACCCACGUUACCCCAACCAUCUCUUCGGUCACCGUGGAUAUUACAACGGGCAAAGAGAAAUACAAGCAGUUGCUGCUGACGCUGACCACCGAUGCAGGGCACGACUUGGAGAGACAAGCACGCGAAGUGGUGACCAACGUCAUACACAAAGCGUGCCAAAUCGUAUCAUCUUCCGCCGGUUUCACUGCUAUAUCGACAUCGACACAUGGUGAUACCAAACCUGCGCUAAAGCGACCUUCUAAAGAAACAAACGCAAUUGGUCCCGUCCUGGUCUACCAGGAAAAAUUUGAUGCUUUUCGUGUGAGUUAUGCACUGCGGUCAAUACUUAAUAUGUUCCAUGCCCACCCACGCUUGUUCGCAUACACCGCCUCCACUCAACCACUGGCAACAAAUAAAACAACAUCUGGAGCUUCAAUGCUGCAAGAAUUGCUUGCCCGUCACCUGCAGUCCAUGGGCGGCGAAUCAUUUUAUGAUGACGUCACGACUCGAUAUCCGAACAUCAUGAUAUUGGAAGUAUUAAUAAUCAUCUCUUUACGCUACAUCAGGUCAUGGGGUUCCGAACGCCUAAUCUCAUUCGAAUCAUUACACGACGUUCGUAGCGUUGCUUGUACAUUGCUUGUCGCCCUUCUCGACCAAAUGACCAUCCUAGCACGUGACAAUGUCGUGUCAUCAGCGCCACUGACGUCAUCAAGUGUUACGUCAUCAGCGACCCAAUCAUCCCAACAGUUUGGUGCAUACGUGUGGUCAUUAUUGGAAAAGUACAAAGUAAACGAGACUGUCUUGCUCUCAUUAUCAGCCACUGUAGACGCUUUACACGUUGUUGCUGAUGGGAGUUACGAUUACAAAACACCAAACGAAGAUAUAUUACUUCAAUUACAAAGUCGACAUGCGGAAUCAAUCAACAGCUACGAGUUAGCGUUCUGGUGGUCGGGUGGUGAAAUUGCUCGAGUUAAAAGUUUUCAGUCCAAUCUUCUUUCUCUUGUUCGUUCCUUGCUUGUAUUUCAAUACUACCUCAGCGACGCUAACACUACUACAAGCUUGCAAGAUUGGCAAACACACAGUAAAGACUCUGACCCGAAGUACCACCCCCGACUACAGAUCUCUGUCCAACCACUUCUAUCCUCAGCCCUAAUCCGCGUCCUUGCACUCCAGAUGGCGUGCGAUGUGCAUGGCGAGUGGCUAGACUUCGUGACGUCAUCGCUGCAAUUUCUGCCGCACAUGUUGUCGGAAGUGACGUCACCCAUCACCCUUCAACUGUGUCGUAACUUGAAAGAUGCUGCUACCAUGUAUAGCAUGUGUAGCGAUCACCAUGCGCAGUUGCCACAAAUGCCACCAGAUUACGUUAUUUCGUCGCUGAAGAGCCUCCGUACGUUGUCUCAUUUCACGUUACUUCUUCACGCCAGUACCCACACGUUACAACACUCCAUGAUCAACACAGGUCAUGUUCUGAAGGCGGACAAAGCAUCUCAACUAAACUCACUGAACACAAGUGUAGCGUUGAACCAAGCGAACAAUGUUGGUCUCUCCGCUCUUGGAAGCCUCUUUAACGUUUUCUCAGUCAGCAGUUCUAUUAAGACGCAGCGAAGCGUUGAGGAGCAAGAACUAUCCGUUGAAGUAACAGAAGCAAGAAGAGUUACUUUACGAAACCUUCCCCGCAUAUUGUCGUGCUUAGUCACGGUAUGGCAUAAAGUGGUCUCACCACAACCAACUGGGAAUCGAAAGUCAAAACAACAUGGUCGUCUUCAUUUAGACUUGAACCCGUGUGUGGCUAUGGGCGGCAGUGAAUCUGUAUCAAGGCAUGUUCUGCAACUACUUGAUCCCUUGGCUAUACAGUUUGGCGAAAACCUCGUCAGCGCUUUCGCCAUAGUGUGGGAAAGAAGGGACCGCACCGAAGCCAAGAAGUCCAUACAUUGGUUUCCACUACCUGAACCUAACAUCCAACAACAACAAAUCCUUGACGUGGCGUGCGCGAUUCGAUCCUUGCAGUGUGACGUCAUACUUGGUGUGGUAAAACGCGUCAUCUUACAACCGAAUGAUUUUCCAUUACCAUCAUCAAACAAAAGAAGGAAGCCAUUUCAGGAAUCUCUCCUUGACUUUACAUUACGGUUCCUUCAACGACAGACAAGUUCCGCUGUACGUGACGCAUGGCCCAACCUUUUAUCAUUAGUAAGGGAAUGCCUUGCACUUGGACCUGUAGUCGCCCCUACCAAUCCUUCAAUAUCCGGCUCCAAUGCGACACUCAGUGGAAAAUUGAGUGUACGUUGCCAUUUCUUUCUCCUCUUGUUAGUAUCUGAAUACGCACGCAGGGCUGCGGGUUCUUCCGAUAAAAAGGAUCAAAAAGAUCUACAGGACAUAUGCGUGAAAUGCAUUGAAGCAUGUAAUGCUAUUGUUGAUUGUUCACUUGAGCAUGGUGGAUGGUUAGCUCGUCGUGCUCCAUCAGUUAUACCUGGACCCCACCAACUUAAGGAUUCAAAACACAAGUUGACCGAGUCGGGUUCCUCUGUAGAUUUAAUGGAUUCAAAAAGUCGUCCUGAGACGGCGCCAAAAACCGUCACCUCAGAUCCAGGUUUGGCGACCACACGGUUGGAGGAAACCGGUUCAUCAAACACGUCCAUGCUACCGCAAGCCAACAACCCGAACUUCAUACACAGUCUACAUGCCCUGAAUGUAUUGGCUCAGGUACUGGCGAACCUUUUAGAUGUUAUUUAUGGCAGUGAGGAGAAAGACAAGAUAGUUCCCGUGUUGACACCCGUCAUGACCAACGUCACACCUUACCUUAAAAACCACAGUGCCAAUAACGCCCCCAGCUACAAGGCGGCUGUGCGCCUAUUAUCCAGUGUGAGUGGUUAUCAGCAAACAAGGCGCGCUUGGAAAAGGGAAGCCUUCGAACUUCUGAUGGAUAAUGACUUCUUCCGAAUGCCGCUCGACUGCGCCAUCGAGUGGGGGAACGUAGUUGACCACUUGAUGACGCACGAUGCAACUACUUUCAAAGAACUAAUGGUUCGCAUCGGGUUAACCAGGAACGCAGCCACCGGUCCUUCACUCAAUAUAUUUUCAAAUAAAGAACAAGAAUUGGAACAGCGUGCCAUGUUAUUAAAGCGACUUGCCUUCGUUAUCUUCAGCAGCGACACUAACCAAUAUCAACGUCAUUUACCUGAGAUACAAGAACGGUUGUCGGAAAGUUUAAAAUUACAUCAAGUUCCUGCAGUACAAGCACAGGUAUUCUUGUGCUUCCGUGUCUUACUACUACGCGUAUCUCCGAACAACCUACAAUCAUUAUGGCCGUCAAUUGUCACUGAACUGGUGCAAGUUUUGAGCCAACUGGAACAACAACUGACUCUCCACAGCUUUGAAAACGAUUCUCUGCGUAAUUCAGACUUCGAUAACCCCACAGCGACGUCUAGCGGCGGAGGAAUUCUGUUUUCCGGACAAACGAAUAUAUCAAGCGUUUACUCGCAAGAAAAGUGGAUGGCCAUGUAUCUAUCCGCGUGUAAACUACUGGAUUUAAUAUUAUGCUUGCAACCGACUCAACUCUGCCAUUUUAAGCUCUUUCGUUGGUCGUUCGUCGGCGAGCCGGGAGAAAAUGUUGAUGACGUAUACGAUGACGUCACCAAUUCUAAACCUGCAGAGGACGGUAGCACCCACAACUCGACAACCAACGAUCGUGAAUUUGUCCCACAUUGUGUUCGAAUCAAGCGAUUACUGGCUCGAAAAAGCACGAACGGUGGUCGGAAACUUGUCAACGUCGAAGCUAUGCGUCCUUUGCUUGAAAUGAAUCGCCUCACGUCACUCUGGCAACUUCAGAAUUUUUUCAACACUUUAGUUGAACCUCAUACCAUGCUAGCAAUGCAUAGGACGCCAAAUCAGUUUGUUCCAUCUAAUACAAAAGAUUCAGCAUCCACUUUCCGUCACAUAGAAACAAUAUUACAAAAGGAUUUUGUCGAGUCGAUGACGUAAUAUUAAUAUGACGUCAUAUCAUUUCACUGUGUAGCUUUCUCUGUUCCAUGGAUCCGUUUUUGAAAUUUAUUUUAAAGUCAAACACAUCAAUGUGCAAUUACAGUUCUACUAUAAGUGUACGUUCCUUGUACGAAGCGUUUUAGUUAUAAAUUUCCGUACACGUAGCGAUAUAUUUAAAACUGUAUGUUCUUAUUUUUUGCAACAUUAUUUUAACAUUUUGCACACUUCAACCCAGCGAUACUGUUGUGGAAGCAUUUUUACUUGUAGUCGUCAGAAGCAUGUUUAUCAAUUAUAUGUUUUAUAUAUUGUCUUUAUCCACAGUUCAUGGUACUAUGGUGUGUAGCCAUUUUAAUUGCUUGGUUAAGAGGGUAGGAAUUCUCCGCAGGUAUCUUCUAUGUUAGUUUUGGCGUAAAAUAAAAGUCACUUUUA